CCUGGCCAUGACAGACUGAGAGGCCAACUGCCUACCAGGACAGGAGCUCUUUGGAGAAAGGACUGGAGGAAGUGGUGAAAAAAGACUAAAACAUGAAUAAUCUUGUGAGUGAACAGGAGGUAACUGAGAGAGGUGUUUAUAAUGAGGUUGUUUCCCUCCUGGCACACAUGGAUGACCAAGAUAAGGACAGAAUUGCCCUCAGGAUUGCCUCUAUAGCUAAGACCAAGCUGGCUAGUGUUGUGAGAGUUCUGCUGGAGAAACUGCAACAGGAUAAGCAAAACAGAGUAGCCAUCUACUAUAUCCUGGAGGGGGUGUUACAGCAGGACACCGGGGGCCUAGAGAUAAGGCUAGUGAAAAACAUUGUAAGCCUAGCCUCAGACCAGAUGAGAGAGACUCAGGAAGCAACAACUGAAGUAAAAGUGGCAGCUAGCAACACGUUAGUGACUCUGGCAAGCUGCUAUUUUGAUCAUGUCAUGUAUGAGCUACACUGUCAUCUGAAACCACCGAAGCUGCCUGAAGAGUUUAUUUUAGUUACGCUGGCCAACCUGUCAUCAGCCUAUGCACUUCUGGAACAAUGGUCAAGGGCAGUACGUCUCUUUUUGGCUAACUGGGAAAAGUGCUCAUUCCCCAAAGUGGGCCAAUUGCGACUCUGCAAUCAUUUUCUUCCGUCUACACUCAUGUGACCAGCAACUGGCUGACCUGUGAGGAGCCGGAGCUCAAGCAGGCUAUCAUCAAAGCCCUUGGUCCCAUGAUGAGCCUCCUGCUACACAAAGAGGAGUAUCAAGAUCAGAUAUUUGAACACCUCUCAUGGCUCCUUGAGCAAUAUAAUGAAAACACUGAUGUUUUUCACGUCACCAAGAGUCUGAGCCAGCUCUUGGAGGUCUCUGGUGAAUAUAAGAUCCCUCUCCCUGACGGGAAGUUUCAAGCCAUCUGCAGUGCUCUGCACAACCAGAUCUGUUCUCAAGCUAAGCCGCUCAGCAUGGAAAAUCACACAGAGCUGGUCCAUUGUGUAGUUCAACUAGCCCGUUCUUCUCCUGAUGAUCUGAUAGCCUUUCUGCACUCGCAGCUGGAGAUUGAGAAUGAGGCUGUUCGUGUGGCAUCUCUGAAUCUGCUCAGAGCUAUUGUUGGUGCUGACUUGCCCGAGACAAGACCGAAAAAGUGUCUGAUUGUGAAGGCAGUGAAAUCCACUUUCAGUGAUCAGAAUGCUACGGUGAGGAAGGCAGUUCUUCAUUUCAUCCAGAGGCUGCUCAGCUUACAAAGUGUGGAGAACUGUGCAGCUUGGGAUAUGGUAGCACAUGUUUUCACGGAGUUCAGCGUGUCCACCAGCAAACUAACUCUCCAGAGAACAUAAUGGUGCCCAAUUCGGUGGCUGUUGAAGCAAACAUAAACUAUCAGCAAAAUACCGAGGUUAUGCAGGUUGCAUCCCAGACUGUCAAGAGCCUGGAAAAGCUUGCUGCAUAUUUCCCUCACUACAUGCUCUAAUCUACAUGUACUAGUUUAAAAAUGUCUUCAAUCCGUAUUUCUAUCCAUGGACACAGCCAGAGGCUCCAGACACUUUGUGCUCCAUGAUUGGAUCCAUGAUCUGUAUUAACAUAAACAGUUCAACUUUACAGUAAGUUGUUGAAGAUCUUAGCUCUGCCUGGCCCCUUUUCUUCAAAGUUGGAGCUUGUGGCAAUACUCUCCAAGGGCCUU